AUGCUUCUAGUCAAAUUAAGAGCAAGCCCUUUCAAUGUCAACGUCAUUGUAGUUUACGCUCCCACUGUGGAUACAGAUGAGGCUGUUGUUGAUCAAUUCUACGGCUCUCUCAAGAAGCUCAUGAAAUGCUGCAAGUCACAGGAGGUCACAAUUGUUGUGGGCAAUUGGAAUGCAAAGGUUGGCGAAGAGCGCACAAGAAAAAUAACAGGCCCUUUCGGCCUCGGCGAAAGGAAUGAACGCCGCUACACGUGGACACAAGCUGGUGCCCAGGCGCGCAACCAGAUAGAUUACAUCUUGAUCAAUGAACGUUUCUGUCAAGCAGUCAAGCACUCUCAAGCAUAUUCUGGGGCAGAUAUCAACUCUGAUCACAACCCAGUCAUCGCGAAAAUCAGGCUCUCCCUUAAACGUGUCCCUAAGCCAGUGAGAAAGAGGAAGUUCAUGCUGCGUUCCCUGACCCAGAAUCCAGAAAUCAAAGAAGCUUUCAAGAACGAGGUCUUGAACAAUAUCGAAGUAUCACACGCAAAUGUCGAGGCAAGAUUCGAAAACUUCAAAAAGUCCAUCAGUGAAGCUGCUGAACAUUAUAUCCCCAGAGAGGAAGCGGAAUAG